AUGGAUGCAAAUUGGAGACGGAGAGACUUGUCACGUACUGAUGUGGGACACGAGGACUGUGGGUGGGUGUGUGGCGGGGGUGGUAGUGGAGGAGGGAAGCCUGGCGGGGGUGGUAGUGGAGGAGGGAAGCCUGGCGGGGGUGGUAGUGGAGGAGGGAAGCCUGGCGGGGGUGGUAGUGGAGGAGGGAAGCCUGGCGGGGGUGGUAGUGGAGGAGGGAAGCCUGGCGGGGGUGGUAGUGGAGGAGGGAAGCCUGGCGGGGGUGGUAGUGGAGGAGGGAAGCCUGGCGGGGGUGGUAGUGGAGGAGGGAAGCCUGGCGGGGGUGGUAGUGGAGGAGGGAAGCCUGGCGGGGGUGGUAGUGGAGGAGGGAAGCCUGGCGGGGGUGGUAGUGGAGGAGGGAAGCCUGGCGGGGGUGGUAGUGGAGGAGGGAAGCCUGGCGGGGGUGGUAGUGGAGGAGGGAAGCCUGGCGGGGGUGGUAGUGGAGGAGGGAAGCCUGGCGGGGGUGGUAGUGGAGGAGGGAAGCCUGGCGGGGGUGGUAGUGGAGGAGGGAAGCCUGGCGGGGGUGGUAGUGGAGGAGGGAAGCCUGGCGGGGGUGGUAGUGGAGGAGGGAAGCCUGGCGGGGGUGGUAGUGGAGGAGGGAAGCCUGGCGGGGGUGGUAGUGGAGGAGGGAAGCCUGGCGGGGGUGGUAGUGGAGGAGGGAAGCCUGGCGGGGGUGGUAGUGGAGGAGGGAAGCCUGGCGGGUUGGGGCACUACGGAAAUGGUUCAUCAUAA